AUGUUUUGUCGGCCUACAUUCAUAGGAGGUAUGGUUAUUGUGGCAGUCGCGAAGACCUUGGGGAUUUUAUGUAUGUUAAUGUUUUUACACAGUUGUUUAGGAGUGUUGUGAUAAUGUUGGACUUAUUAAUUCAGAUUCAUCGGAUGGUUCUCCAAGACAGCCCCUGAAGUCAGAAGGGAUGGGACAGAACACCGCUACCUGUGUUCUCGUCUGUGUAAUAUGGAUUUUAAAUCUCUGUAACGGUACGACCAUACCCCAUACUUGUUUACUAUUAUUGCUACUAAAGCUGUUAUAGUUUCAUAGCGAACCACUUGGGAAUUGUCUUUAAUAAAGAUGUUGAAAUCGUUUGCCCUUCACUGUGUUGUAAUAGCAAUAACAUUUUUGAACAACCCUGCGCGUGUCAUGAAUUCAAAUACCCUUCUUGAAAACUGAAUUAAAAUCGGCUAACUGUUCUGACUGGACAGGAGCGAACAUCAAAAGAUUUGCCGACGGCCAUGUUGGUUAACUUAAUGGAGUAGGCGCUAACCGCGACCGACAAGCCUCGUUAGCAUUGUAUUACGAUCCAAUUUAUAAUGCGGCCAAACUAGAAGGCAGUUAUUUAAGUCGUAGACGUAGGCAAGCCUAUCUUAGACUUAGACAAUGUUAAUAGUGAAUGAUAUGAAACCAGGAAUGGAAUGCAGUAUAAUACAACGGAACGAGGUCACAUGACCCCUAAUUUUCUGACCUCAAUUCGGGUUAAUGCUUAACAAAAAUUACCCCCCUCCUCCCGACUGGUGCAUUGUCCAGGAUUAAAAAAAGGGGUUGGGGGGUACUUAUUAAAAGGCGUGAGUUUAAAAAAUAGGUUGUUAUUAAAUUAAAAGGUGUGGGUUUAAAUCAGCUCACAAUCAAUCACAUUCACAUCCCUGAAAAUCUAAGAAUAUAAUUAUAAAAAUAAAUGAAAUAUAAUAAUAUCAUUAUAAUUAGAUUUAGUUUAAGUUUAGUGAAUCAAUUAGUCAUAGUCAGAAUAGUCUGUAUACUAUAAUAACUUAUAAUUAUAAGUCUCUAUAAUUAUAAGUCAUAGUCAUAGUAAUUAAUUGACCAACUUUUCAUUUCACCGGCCUAUUUUCAAACAAAGGCAUUUUUUAUAAAUUAUAAUCAGUUUCAUAAUUUAUUUAUUAUAACUUUUUCCAAAUAUAAAGUAACCUUAAAAUACUUAAAUUAACAGUUUAGGUAAGCUGUGUGGUAAAUUAAGAGGGUGAUUUUCUCUAAACAUCUAAAUCUAGUAGAUGAUCUACAAUUAAUUUAUAUUUAUUUUUGUCCACAAAUUGUGAUCCUUGUGUGAAAUUAUGAAUUAUAUUUAUAAACUAGCCGAUAUACCCGCCAUUUGCCUGGAUAGCGUGUGGAAUAAAGGAACUUCAACUGCCUUAUAAUUGACAUUAAAUUUAAGCACUGUGUACAAAAAAACACAAGCUUUAGUAAAAAUUAUGAUAAUAAAUCUGUCUACUAUAAAAACACAUUUAUAAUAUCUUGUGUAAACCUUUCAGUGGGUUCUGCUGGAUUUCGUUUGGGUUCUGCUGGAUUUGGUUAACGUUAAUAUAAGCUUUUAUAUUUCUUUAUAUAUCCCCUUAGAACUAUAUAGAAAUUUCUGGAACAUUCUAGAUUAAAUUUAAUAUCUUCCUCGAAACGUUUAGACAAUAAUUUUCUAAGUAAUUAUUUUUAAACACCAAAAAUUAUACAAGUAAAUGCACUGCUAUAGCUAUAAUACAUUUAAGUUGAAAGAGGGGGCCCCAUUGAGGCCCAUUCGAUAAUUGUGCAGAAUUAGUUUUGCAUGUGUAUGUGUACUAAAUUUGAUCAAGAUCCAUAUAUUCAUGUAGGAGUAUUUGUUUGUCUUUUUAUUUAUAUAGCUCAUAUAGGAAAAAAUGACAUUUGGGCCCACGGGCCCCAAACAGAAUGUUAUAAAAAGUUCAUAACCCCCCAGUAUUUCAUUGUGGAUAAUGAUGGAUAUAUGUGCCAAGUUUGGUCAAGAUCCAUCAAUCCUUGUUAAAGCCUUUGUGGAACAAACAGAUAGACAAACAAAUUUUCACUUUUAUAUAUAUACUUGCCAAUAUACCCUGCAUGGCCCGGGAUUGCAUUAGGACCCCGAUCAUGGUGAGAGCCCGAUCCCAUGGGACCCCAAUUUCAUUCUGACUGCGAUCCCGGCGUAAUUCCGUUUCCCUGUGGGAAUCCCGUUUUCUUGUGGCUCCAGAUCCAUCAAUCUACAUAGAACCUAUAGCGUUGUCUAAGCAUUGUGAUAUUUAUAUAGCAUAUAUAAGGAAAACUGAAAUGGGGCCCCCACCGGUCCCAAAGGAUUGGAUAUUAUGAGUUAUUUAUUGAAUUUGAGUAUGGAUAAUCAAGUGUAUGUGUAUUAAGUUUGGUAUAGAUUCAUGCAUUCAUGUAGGGGUAUUUGUUGUUAAUUUUAUUUAAAUAGCUUAUAUAUGAAAAAACAACAUUUUGGGCCCCCCGGCCCCAAACAGAUUGUUAUAAAAAGUUCAUAACCCCUUAAGAGUUCCUUCCAGAUAAUGAUGGAUAUAUGUGCCAAGUUUGGUCAAGAUCCAUCAAUCCAUGUUCACUUUUAUAUAUAUGCUAUGAUAUGCUAACUAUAAUUAUCAAGGCUUCUGAAUCUGGUUACUUUCUUUAUUCUGUUAAAUUGACCCUUUCAUAAUGAAAAGGUACUUAACAUUUUAUAUGUUUGCAAACCACUCUUUACAAUUACUGAGGUCUGGGCCCUUAGUGCAGGAAGUUUUACCCUCAUUACCUCAGGAUUUUAAUACAAAAUAAAUAAUAAUAUAUAAAAUGAAUAAGGAGUCUCAAAAUUAUAGCCUGCAUGGCUACAUUAUCAACAUGUCCUGUCAUCCAUGUUAGCUGCACAAUUAUUUAUGCUAUUUAUGCUAUACAUAGUAAAAUAGCAACUAGAAAACAACACCUUAAUAACGAUUGGGCCAAAUAAUUAUCAUGAUUUGUAGUUUUAAGUUUGAGACCCUUAGAUUAAAUGAAGUGAUUUUUAUUCAUGAAUUGAUGCUGCUUUAGAAAUUCAUUGAAGUACUAAAAAAUUUAGUUUUUUUUAUCAUGCAUAGUAUGAUAAUAAAUGUACAUACAUUUUGCAGUUGCACUUAAAGAGGAUCAUCAUUCUAAUCAGCUAGUCACCCUUACAAUAAAAUUUUCAUGUCACUUGAGCUCCUAAGUCUAAGUACACUAUCAAAUUGUUCAUUGAACAUGCUAUGGGUUGAUGCCCAAAGAAAUCAGUCCUUAUCUGUCAACGUUGUUUACCUAAAUACUCAAGUGUGUGUGGGGGAGGGUAAUUAUUGGAAAUUUACUAAUUGCAUUUAUUCGAUAAACAAAAUUUAAGUAAAUAUUUUUUCUGUCUUCUUCUCUGUCUGUAAAUUUUUAACAAUUGUAGAGUUAUAAUUUAUAAUUAUUUCUUAAUUGCUCUUAGUCUGCCUUAUUUUGUUUGUGGUCUUCGUUACUGGUAGUCUCCCUUACUUGCUAGACCCUAGUUUCACAUUUUAAUUGGUUUCAGUUUAGUGUCUGUUUCCUCUGUAAAUUUAUUUUUUGUAUGUUGUUCCGUCUGUAAAUGUGUUUUUUUUUAUGUUGUUCGUGUUUGCUUGGUUGAAGGGCAAAGUUUGAAGCCUACAGUAUAUGCAACAGACGUAUUGGGGCGGUGGUUAGCGAGGGGCAUAUCUGAGCAACAUAUGGCAGGUGGGGUGUUUAAAAAUAAUUUUAUAACAAUUUAAAAUUAAACAACUGCAAAUGAACCAAUAUUUUAAUGAAUUCUAUCGCCGUUUAAGUAAAAAAAAAACAUGAAGGUAUUUUUAGCAGAGGAGAUAACGUUGCCUAACUAGCACAUGGUAUACAGGCAAACUUGUGAUGUUUGCUUGAUUUAACCAUCCACAGAGGCAUGUACAAUUAUUAUUUUAUUAUCAUUAUAAAAAGCAUUGGUUGGUUUGGAUAUCCGGUCUUGUGGUUCUCAAUAUUUCAAGAAAACAUUUUUUUUUUAAAAGACUACCCACCCUCCAACCAAACCCGCCGCCGGAUCUUCCCUUAAGUUUACUGAAAUUUCCUACUUGACCAGUCUCACCCGAUCGUCUCACCCGAUCGUCUUACCCGUCUCACCCGAUCGUCUUACCCGUCUCACCCGAUCGUCUUACCCGUCUCACCCGAUCGUCUUACCCGUCUCCGAGUCGGCGUUUUAAUUGGGUCAAGCCUCGUUGAGUUGCUGAUUAAAUAACAUGUUCCGAAACAUUUGCAAUUUUUUAGAACAAUAUGAUACAGGCCUACAUUAUACCGGUACAUAUAAAAUAAAUAGCAUUUCCGACUCAGGUUACCAGACCACCGAACAACAAAACACAAACAAACAAAAAAAUGCGCCAUACACAUAAGUUGACUUAUGUAAAAUACUUGUUUCACGCGAACUUCAGCCCACACUCACACUAUUUUGCCAGCCUAAGGACUUUAAAAGAGACGUUUACUCCCAUCAAAGUGCUGCAAGAUUUCAGCCCCCACGCUAAACCAACUCUACAGAACAUUAAUGAGAAAUCGCCAGAUACACGCGUGUCCAAAUAAAUUAUUAGUCUUUAAAUGUAAGAUAUGUGACCGAAAAGUUUGUAGAGAAUUCAAAUAAGCCUUAAAUUCAUUUAUUCACUUUCUGUGCGCGAAAUUUUGUACUGUAGGAACUGUCAGCAAGGCCACGCUUCUGUCUACGCAGAUACUUCCUUUCUGUUCUGCACCAGGUUUGUUUCGGACAGUGUCAUCGUCACUUGGGACAGUGUCAUCGUCACUUGACCUGUCCUGGGCAAUGGGCCAGUAAACUUUUAUAUAUCCCCGUUAAAUUAUGAAUCCCUAAAAACAUUACUUAUGUAAACCAGGGUUGUGAAGCUCCAGAAGGUGUCAAAUUGAGGGGUGGGGGCUGAGGAAAAGAACAGGGGAGGCAUUAGCUUUUAAAUUAUGAUAUAUAUAUAUAUAUAGGCCUAUAUAUAUAUAUAUGUUAAAAGUAUAUUUCAAAAACAUUUCUUCAUUAACAUUUUCCUCUAUUGUACUUUAUGUAAUAAGUCACACGUUUAUGUUAUAAGUUCUACAUUUCUCUUUGCAAUUCAAUCAUUGUAGUAGAAUUCUAUUAUUUUUAAAUGCAUUUCAUUGCGUUCCUUUUUUUUUUUAGGGGAAUAGACUUACUUAUAGAGACUUAGUCAAAACAAAUAAUGGGGCGUACUGACAAGAGUUACCGGAAAUUUGAUCGAAAGAAAUUUCGUCGACGGUAAAUUGAUCGACCGGAAAUUUGGUCGAAUCUUUUUUUCAGUUGACACAUUAAAAUUUCCGUCAAAUUUCUUUUUGAACGCACUAUACUAUAUAGUAAAACAAAAUAAUGCGUUCAAAAAGACAUUUGAAGCAAAAUUUAAUCGUAAAAACGGAAAAAAAGAUUCGACCAUAUUUCCGUUCGAUCAAAUUACCGUCGAUCAAUUUACCGUCAACGAAAUUUCCUGGUCACAUACCAGUAUGUAGUUUAAAUAUAUUUGCUUUAAUGGUCACAUACCAGUAUGUAGUUUAAAUAUAUUUGCUUUAAUGGUCACAUACCAGUAUGUAGUUUAAAUAUAUUUGCUUUAAUGGUCACAUACCAGUAUGUAGUUUAAAUAUAUUUGCUUUAAUGGUCACAUACCAGUAUGUAGUUUAAAUAUAUUUGCUUUAAUGGUCACAUACCAGUAUGUAGUUUAAAUAUAUUUGCUUUAAUGGUCACAUACCAGUAUGUAGUUUAAAUAUAUUUGCUUUAAUGGUCACAUACCAGUAUGUAGUUUAAAUAUAUUUGCUUUAAUGGUCACAUACCAGUAUGUAGUUUAAAUAUAUUUGCUUUAAUGGUCACAUACCAGUAUGUAGUUUAAAUAUAUUNAUUUUUCCCACACAUGUCCCUCUCUUUGUACAGAAACUCGCUGAAGCUAUUUAUAAUUAUACCAACGGAUGCACGUGAUGCCCACGUGAACAUAUUUGUUUUCAGUCAGGUAAUUCAUUCGUGACUAUAGGAAUCUCUGAUGGUGAAAACAACUUCACUUUCUUGUGACGUUGUACAAAGAACCCUUUGUGGAAAAAAAAACAACAACACAAAAACAUGAGUACAACACCACGCGCUGACGGCCCACAACUCUUAAGAUAUGAUUAAAAUGUUGGCUUAAAAGACUGAGGCGAGGAGUGGAAUUUAUCGGAGAUUUUGUCCUCGUGGCGUCACAUGAUGGGGAGUUAUUUCCUGCCAAUCAUGAACAAUCUCGCGGCUUGACUUACUUGUUAUCUUCUCAAAAGGUGAGGGCUCUUGGUGAACAAGCCCCUUCAACUCGUUAUUUCAAGAUGUCCGUUGAAAGCAACUCAUCUUGUUGUUUCCGAAUGCUUCAUAUUUUGAAGUGUUUCAAACAACUCAUGUCUUACAAAAGUUUUUUUUUUUUUAUUUUCAGUCAUUUUGACUCCGCCUCGAUAUAACAUUACAUUUUUAUCCGCUUCGGAUACAAAUAAAAUUGUAAAAAAUUCAUAAAAAUUGAGUCCUCUAAAAAUUUCUUAAAUAUUGAGUCGUCUAGUAUCUGACACACCCCCCCCUUCACCCUCUUUCAAAAUAAUCCGACGCAACGAUUCAGGCUUUCGUGACAACUACAAAAAACAGACAUUAAAGCGAGUCACGAACAAUUUAUUAAAAGAAAAUUGCGUUGCUGGCGUUGUGGUGGAAUUGUCAGUAAUAUGUGCCUGGAGUAGAUGAUAGUAAGCCACUUGAAUAACAAAAGAAAUACAUUAUAAAUAAACAAAUAACUUGCCGGUAGUUCUCGUUGGUGAGUUGGGUGUAAUAUAGUCUAUAGACCCCCCCCCCCCCCCCCCCCCCCUAACACCUCUUUUGUCAUUUCUCCAGAUGAAUGUCGACCUCAUGGUAUGACAAAGUACAAUCGUGGCGUCCAUGCUCAAUCAUACUCCCGUUUAUAGUCGUGAUGCAUGUACCCUGACAUCUUGAAUGUUCGUGUUGUGUACAACGGCGCAAGUUUGACAAGAGCAGUGGCAGUGGCGAAUCCAGAAAAAAAUGACGUUAUAAAGAUACGCCCACUCCCCGAAUCUUUAUACCAUUUUAUUAUGAUACAUUUGUUAACAUUUGUGGAGGGUGGGGGGUACCAUUCUUCAAUGUGCCCUAGAUGCUCUGACGGUGUGUACCACUAAGCGGCCAGGAGGACCAGGUCAUCAUUGUGGAAGACACAAAAUGGCACGUUGCUAACUUGGACGCUGGGUUAUUGCAAUAGUCAAAAGUCAGCUUGAACUAGGUCAACUUGUACUUGUACACAAAGGAGAAGUCAGCUUGAACUAUGUCAACUUGUACAAGAAGGAAAAGUCAGGCUUGUCAAGACGAAUGGCAUCAUGUUACUGUUAAGUGAAGUGUCUUGAUUAUUAUGCUUGCUUCUCUGCCUGAAGGUCGUCCUCUUGAUUACAAGGGCAGACUAUCCCCUCUCUCAAGCCUGCCAACACUAGCAAUUUCCUACACCGUUAUACUUUUAAAAUGUUAAUAGUAAAAAAAAUAAUAUUUUUUUUAAAUCUGACCUUCGCUCAAUAAAACUUAUAACGCAGGUUAUUUUGAAUUGUUAUGAGUUGAAAUGUCUUGGACACCCAAGGAGUCGGGAACCAUAUAUAAAGUAAAUGUUUUAUAACCAUUCUAAGACAGUCGCGUUUGCAGAUAUCCGCAUGACGUUAAGAAUUUAUUGCAGUUAUCAGGACUGGCCCAUGAUAAAAGAGGUCAUGAGUUGUUUUUAAUUAAAACAAAAAAAACACAACAAAAAACUAAAACGUGGCAUUGCGCACAAUCGGUUUCGUGGGAACAGUCAUGUGAUGAAUUUAAAUUUUUAAAAAUAACAGGAGAAAUCAAGGAAUGCUACAAAAGAACACAAUAAAUGUCAUAGGGAAACACACAGUCACGUUUCAUUCUAUGCGCGAACUUAAAAGUGGCGGAAUCGCCUUAAACUGGGUCAGUGAACGCGUUCGGCACCAUUGGACACUACGAACCCUAUUGUGUCCACCGUGCAUUACACUACUACGACAGAACUGUUGGUGAACAUUUGUAAAAAUAAAAUUAUUCUUGAGCAGCGUCUGAAAUUGAUAUCGAAUUACUUAAUACUAACAAAUUGGUAUUAAUUACAUUUACUUGUGGUUAACACCAAAAGAAAAAUAAUGAGGUGAAUUAACAGUAUCUGUAUCAAAAUAUUAAUCAAGUAUCAAGGGAAUUUUAUUAGCCUUUAAAUUAGCACACACACCUACACACACAACUAUGGAUCGAAUCGAGUCUGUGCCCCGUCAUCGCCACUUUAAGAGAACCACUGCUGGUCUUGUUUUCCCUCAUAGCAUUGGCCAAUUAAUUGGUCACGCGGUGUUUACUUUAAUUUACUUUUCCCACGAGUCGUCCCUAUCUCAAAAACUCUCAUGAUAACGAGUAUUUAUGAUUAGCCCGUUUCUCGUUAGUUGGAAGUUGUAAAGUAAAAAAAAACCUGAAAAUAGGGGGGGGGGGGGAAAUAAUUUAAAUAACUUACACAGGCAUGUUCUCCGUGCUUUGCAUAGGCUUAGGCCUCAAUGCGUUGUAGUGGUUAAAACGUAACGUAAGGUUGUUGAACUCUUGGCCUGACUAACCGGUCGUGGCUUACCCAUGCAUGCUUGACAGUUAUCAUGCACGUGAGACUGGAAUAAAAAUCGUGACAUCACAGCUUUUUUUUUCAGCAUUACGCUGCCUUCUGUGCCUGCACAUGCAGAGCACUGCCCCUAUGCCCACUGAGAACGGCCCCUAUGCCCACGGAACACUGCCCACUAAGCACUGCCCACUGAGAACGGCCCAUAUGCCCACGGAACACUGCCCACUAAGCACUGCCCCCUAUGCCCACUGAGAACGCCCCAUAUGCCCACCGAACACUGCCCACUAACCACUGCCCCCACACUGAGAACGGCCCAUAUGCCCACGGAACACUGCCCACUAAGCACUGCCCCCUAUGCCCAUUAAGCACUGCCCCCUAUGCCCACUAAGCACUGCCCCCUAUGCACUGCCCCCUAUGCCCACUAAGCACUGCCCCCUAUGCCUACUACUGCUACAGAGCACGGUCACCUAAAAGGCCUCUCAACUUAAAAAGUUUAAACAAAUGCCACUUACUGUCCCAAUCAUGUUCAUAUUUCACUACAGGGGGCAUCACACAUUCCUUCGUGCUUUACAGCACUUAAUGUUUAUGUCAGCUAGUCUUAACAUUGUUUGUCUAUAUUCUAUAUCACCAAAUUUUGUUUGGAAAAAAAAUAAUUUUGCUCUCCAUAAAAAAAAAAAAACUUUGUAAAAAAAUUAAAGGUAAAAAUAAAUUAGAAGUUCAGUGCUACGUCAAAACAAAAGGGCGGCGGAAGUCAAUGAAAGGAUUUUGAGGUUUCCGCCGCCGCACCUUUUGUUUUUCAUAGAAGAGGAGAGUUAAUAAAAUAAAUAAAUUAAGGAUUCGACAUUUUACUAAUACUAAUAAUAUACAUUACUUAAAAAAUUGACUGGCAGGGGGUGGGGAGUCAUCUUCCUGGAUGGUGUUACACUAAAGAUAAAGACAUUCAUUUAACAUUUUUCGUUGAUAUUUCCUUAAUGUGAUGAUUUUAAUGAUUUUUCUUUUAAAAAAUUGGUAUUUAUAAAUUAUAGAAGACUAUGAAAAAUUCCAAUACCUUCCAAUCUGGUCCAGAAUUCCAUCAAAUGGCUUCCUGAAGGGUUGUUCAUAAUAGCACUACAGCAUUGCGGUCACGAAAAUCUUUCUUUAUUCUGGUCUUGACGGGUAUAAAUAUAUAUAUAUUGUUUGCAGUGAAAACAAACACCUUUUUACAGUUAUGUACUCCUGAUACUGAUUACCACCGUCUGUAUAUUUUCCCCAAAAUGUACGAUUGCCAUUUGAAAUCAAAAUUUAAAAGUUAAUUAAUUUUAAUUUUGAUUUAUUUAACUUAAUAUAUUUAUAUUUAAAAGCCCCUUUCCUAAAGAACUUCUGUUUGUUUUUAUUUAUUAUUAGUCACACAUUAUAGUUUUUCUUAAUUUAUAAUUUAUGAUUGUGCAAUUUUAUAAUAACUUUCGUGGUUACUCAAUUAAACUUGUCAGUUUUUAGAAAAAAUUAGAAAUUGGCUUGAGAAAGCUGGAAAAUUAGUUUUUCCUAUUCAAAUUAUUUAAUAAGAAUAAGAAGGCUUUGCAGGAAAUGAAUAACAUUGAUAAAUGACAAUAUUAUGAUAUUGAUAAUUUCAAAAUGUGAAACUAGUAGAAAUCUGAUUUUUCACUACCGGUAUCAUCAUCAGUGGUGCUACAGCCCAUGUUAGGGCCCUGACCUGCUCUGCCACAUUCUUCCAUUCCAUCGAUCCAUAGGUUUCCGACUCCAUGCGUAGACCCCCAGCUGGUGUAAGUCUUUCUCUACAUCCUCAAUCUAUCUCAUUCUUGGUUUACCGGUCAGCUGUCUGCCCCUAGGUUUCUGUCUCUAGAUCACUUUUGCUGCUCUUCAAUCCGGCAUUCAUUCAAUAUGUCCUGUCUAGCUCAGUCUGUCUUUUUACGUCUACUCUGUAAACAAGAAAAGUGACAAUCGUAUAUCGCGUGGAUGACAUUUUUCGCAACUAUGCCCAUUAAAUAACGCCCCAAAAUUAUAUAUAGAUCAAAGAGUAGAGUUAUACUUCCAUGCCAGAGGCCACACAUGCCGAGGGGCAGCGGGGUCACAACUAAUUUAAAAGGUGUUCUUUGUGUUUUUUUUAAUUGUGUUGCAUUCACAUAUUAUAUUGGUAAAUUACUUUGCUGUGCUCGGCUUUUUGGUGACGCAAUUUCUGGGCUGCUACCCCCUGCUCCCUUGCUUCACCCCUAAACGUAACCCUAACCCUUUGAACUUUUCCAGUGCAAAAUCUAAACAUUUUGACAUUACCUGUGUUGGCAAGUUUUUAUAUACAUCAUGCUUGGGGCGUGUUUACUAUUUAAAAUAAAAGGAGCAAAUUUAAAUUGAAAUAAGCCAAGUUGACAAACUAAAUUAUCAUCAUCAUACACGACCCCUUUAUCAUCAUACACGACCCCUUUAUCAACAUACACGACCCCCUCAUCAUCAUACACGACCCAUUCAUCAUCAUACGCAACCCCUUCAUCACACACGACCCCUUCUUCAUAAUACACGACCCCUUCAUUAUCAUACACGACCCCUUCCCUUCAUCAUCAUGCACGAGCCCUUCAUCAUAAUACAGGACCCCUUCAUCAUAAUACAGGACCCCUUCAUCAUCAUACACGACCCCUUCAUCAUCAUACACGAGCCCUUCACCAUAAUACACGACCCCUUCAUCAUAAUACACUACCCCUUCAUCAUAAUACAUGACCCCUUCAUCAUCAUACACGACCCCUUGAUGCUACAACACCCUUUCUUUAUAGAACAAACAUUUAUCAUACACAAACCAUUAUCCUAUACCCCCCCCACCACCAAAAAAAAAUAAAAAUAAAAAAAUAAAUAAAUAAAAAAUCUCACAAUGUCGAACGAAUUCUUUCCUUUUUUUAUAAUAUAUUUAUUCUCUUACUUAUUAAUCUGGUUGUAUUUGGUAUCUGCUAACUCUUACAAUUCUAUAAACACAACUCCAAUAUUUUGACAUCUAACUUGUGCAAUUCCAUAAAUACAAUCCUAAUGCUCCUAAUCAAUUUUCUCAUAAGUCAUAAGUCAAUGUGUUCAUGCGCCGAGAACAAUUUACCUAAUAAUAUUGGGCCAUUGGGGCAAUGGCGGAUUGUGGAAGUCAUCGGGAAAAAUUCCACAAUCUUUUUUCGAAAGAAAAAGUAUGAACUAUUUAUUCUCCUCCUCCCCCCCCCCCCUCUCCACCAGAGUAGUGUAAUGUUAAAUGUUUUUUUUUGUUCAUUUUGUGAAAAAGUUAAUUCAACUCUCAGACAUUAGACUAUGAUUAGACUGUGUCUGGUGUGAACGUCGCUGUGUGUGUGUGUGGUUUGGGGGGUGUAAUGGGGGGGGGGGGGGGCGUUAUAAAAGACUAGGCAGCAACGGCAUUGCCUUUUGCUCAGUGAUGUCAACGAGUUUGAGAUCGGUGGGCCUCUUUUGUUUAGCUGUGGUAUUCUCCCCUGCCGGUGUGCCCAGCCCCGCCCCCCCGCCCCCCUGUAGGUAAGCCGUGGGUUAGAGUAGCACGUUAGACGCCGCUCCGGGAAAAAAAAACAACCGGUGGCAUUAGUGGCACGAAGGCUCUAAAACCAUUCAGUUAUAGGUGGCGCGCUAAAAUAGACAUCACUUUAAGCAUGUUACCCAGAGGCGUAGCGUGGUGGGGGCAGGGGGGGGGACAGAUGUCCCCGGGCGCCAGCUAGUUAAGGGCGCAAAAAUGUGCUUUGAUAUUAUUUUAUUGAUGAAAAUAAUGGGUUUGAGAGUUGAAAAAGGGGCGCUAAAAAUGGAUCUUGUCCCCGGGCGCGAAUCUUGUCCCCGGGCGCCAAACACCCUCGCUACGCCACUGAUGUUACCCUCAUAAAUACAUUUUAAAAAAUAUUUUGAUUGGAUUCAUUUAUUUAAUGUUAGUAUUUUGUGCGACCAGUAUCCGGUGACGUGGAGUGAGUGGGAAACAUUUUUCUUUACAUUUGUGUCCUGGCGCGCGUGCGUGUUUGUGUGUGUGGAGGGUUGGGGGGGGGGGGUACUGUUGACAAUGGCAAACGUUUUUUAACAUUAAAACUGGGGUUAAAAAGAAUAGUAUUAUUUGGCCCUGUCGAAGGGAUCCGUCAUGAGAAUCACUGAAGACACUACUAUCGCACCUGGCUUAGGGCCAGCUCCCCUAACAAGUGCAGGAUGGCAGGUAAAGCCGACUCGCAGCUGAUGAUGGCUGUUGGUUUGGGGUGGGUGGGGGGGGGGACAAGACCCGUUGUUUAAUCAGUUGAAGUGGGGGGGGGGCUGCUGCUUGGUUUUAAGGGGGUGGUAGUCCGAGUCUAAACAGGACAAAUGCGGGAGGGAAAAGGAAGAGGGGGGUGUCUUGAAUGGGGGGGGGGGGGCGGUUAAAAAAAUCUAGGCAUGCUUUGUGCUGUCUUGUUAGUUUUUGUGUGUUUGUAUAGCGGGAGCCUGGUCGGACUGUUAGAGGUGGACAGAAAAAGCAGUUAGUAUGGGAGAGGGGAGGGGACGGUUGCCAGAAGGAUUUGUGAGGUGUCAGCAGCCAGAUUAAAAAUGGAAAGAAAGAGUGUGUGUUUGUAGAGAUGUGAACCCUUCAAGAGGAGUUUAGGCCCACAUAGUCUGUGCCUGGGGAAACUGGCACUGGGAAGAAUCUCAAGUUUAAAAUUUAAAAAAAAACCAAAAAAAACAACAACUAUAAAACUCAUUGCAAGAUGGGAGUAAACAAUCGAUAAAUAUAAGGAGAAGUGAUUUAACUUUUAGACGUAACAGUAGACAGUCCCUCAGUAGAAGUAGAAGUUUUAGUAACAGGGAAUGGUGUGAGUCAAGUUGGAAAGUCUUACCAAAAUAUAUUUUAAAAACCCUUAAAAAUAAAAUUUCUAAUUGUUAUGAUUACCUCACGUUUGUGUCCCAACAUGUGAGUGUUGCAGUUGAAUAUUAGGCCUACUUGUUACUGUAGGGGCAGAGGUUCAAAUGACACAAGAUAUACUAAGAGUCAUUGUGAUAAAAUUGUUGAUGCUCUCCAGUACAGAAUCAAGAAGUUUUGAUAAAUUAAUAAAUGUUUUGCAUUGGAAAAAAAAAAAAAGCUUGAACCAAAAAAAUUGGCGCAAAUUGUUACACCGGUAUUCAUUCCUUAGUUAAGCUUUAGAUAGCCGGUCUGUAAUUUGUUUGAAAUAGUGGCAAGCCAAAUUUGUCAAAUACAAUUUGAAUGCAUCCCCCUAAGUAUAUUCAACAGGAUCACAGAAUUUUUUUAAACAAUUCUAAAUCAAGCCAAAAUGUUUUCUCCCCAAAACAUGUUAUUUUGUAAUGUAUUCAAAAUAUUAAAAGAUUGUCUCCUCUGCUUAGUCAAAAAAAUCACUUUAAGUUGAGUGAAAAUAAUGAAAAGUAAAUAGGUUGGUUCUUUUCCUUUUAUUUGGAGGUUCUUGAUUACAACUUGAUUUGUUGAACGGGUUUUUUAUUUGGUCUUCUACAAAAACUGGUUUAUUUAUCUUUUAAGCUAUGUUAACAUUAUUUUAUAAACUAGAUGCCAGACAAUCUGGAACCUUUUCAAAAGAGCAGAAAUGAGCUAAGCAAACUUUCGUAUUCUGCAACCAGAGGUAGACAAAACAGUCCUCGGGUCAUAUUCACAAAUUCUUUUAUGCAACAUCAGCAACAAAGAUGUAAAAGAAGAAUUGUCUGUACAUAGAAUGACUACUGACUCCAAUAUAGUACUGUACACAUGUUCCUUUAGCACUUCUUUAUGGGUCUCGACAUCAGGAUUGGAAAAACUAAUAUAUAAAAUAAAAUUGUAAAAAAAAAAAACAUUUAGCUGUUUACUAGUAAAAUACUUACUUACAUAAAAGGAUUCCUUAGUUGGCCUGUAUUAAAAAAAAUUAACCUGUACUAAGGGCCGCUCUGAGUGUGGUUUCGCAUAAUUGUACAAGUUUGCUCAACAAUGGAGUCUAUCUAUGUAGUUUUUAGGAUGGAUCCGAUGUUUAAAAUUUAGGAGAAGGUGCCUAUAUAAUACUCAAGAAAUAUUGAUAUUAAAAGAUAUAACCUAUUCCGUGCCUAUCUAUUUGAAGCCAGUAUGUGAUUGUUAACUGAGAUUGAGACAAAAAUGUGCAGUAAAAUAUGUGACAAGCAGUAUGAUUUAUCUGUCUUCCAAAUAAAUCAAUGUUCCUUAAGUUUUGGUAUAUUUUGGUUAAUGUGCUAAGUUUAGGAAGGCCUACUUAAUAGCAUUGUAGCUUGAGAUGUAGUCUACAUCAUGCCUAAAUCAAUUAAUUCAACUACACAUCCCAGUAACACACCUUUUUCUGCUUACUAAGAAACAAACAAAAACUUGUGCAUUUACAUACUUUUUGUAUCUGAGAUUUUUUCCUGUGUUCCAAUGAAAUGCAUAACUUAUUCUCUAAUAAUUGUUCCACUUAAUUAAGUUUGACGUUAUCUACUAUUUUGAAUUAACAUUGAAAGUUAACAUUUAACUACUUAGUUGCACAUUUUAUUCAUAGGACCACAAGUGACUAGCUUUAGUUAGGCCUUAGUAAUUAGUAAAACUUCAUACCCAGUUAGUGUCAGUCUUAUUUCCUGCAUUGAAAAAAAACAAAACCACCAUGUUCAAAGCUUAUAUUUAUUGUUGUCAUCAGUUCUAAGAGAUAUUUAGAUAAUUCAUUUCAUGUAAAAUAACAUAUCUUGAAAAUAUCUCCCUUUGAUUAAUCUCUUCGGAAAGAUGGUUUUGAGAAACCAUUAGCUAUUAUGUCUCUUAGUUUUGUAACCACUUUGUCCUAAUGUUUUUAUUUAAACCUGUUGUCAUUUAGUUUGGAAAUAACUUAACCCGAGUUGCUCAUAUUUUUAGAGUUAAUUUAAUAUACUGCAGUACUUAAUUUUAAUUUUAACGAAGUUUUAAUUAUGAAUUUAUUGUAUUUCUAUUUCUCCAGCUGACCCACUUCUGCUGUUUGCCAACCAUAAGGAUGUCCAGAUAAUUGAUGUGGCCAAUCCUCGUGCCAACACCACCAUCAUUAUCUCUGGCCUUGAAGAUUCUGCAGCUGUUGAUUUCAUUUAUGAUGAGCAUGCCAUCUACUGGACAGAUGUCUCUUUGGAACACAUCAAAGUGGUUUACCUAAAUGACACCAAAAACCCAAAGGUUGUUGUCUCAGUUGGCUUGGUCUCUCCUGAUGGGCUGGCUUGUGAUUGGCUGGGCAGGAAAUUGUAUUGGACUGAUUCCGAGACAAAUCGCAUUGAAGUCAGUAAUUUGGAUGGAGAGCAUCGUAAAAUUUUGUAUUGGCAACGAUUGGACCAGCCUAGAGCGAUAGCUUUAGAUCCAGAAAAUGGGUAUGUAGUUCUUUUAACAUUAAAGUAUUAAUUUUUAAAGCAUUUGAGAGAUAUUACAGAUUUGUAUUUCAGCUUUUGAAAAGCCACAAAGAACCUCCUUAAUAUCCAUUAUAAAACUUAUGUAAAAUUUUAAAACCAAUGGGUAGGAAUUUAGGACACUUGAUGUCACUAUAUAAAUCACAAGCUGUAAGUUUAAAGAAGGAAGUAAGGUGAAGCUUUUUUUUAAAGAUACAUGUCGUCUCCGCAGGGAGGUGGUGCAUGUAAAGUCUAUGCAUAUGCAUGUACAAAUAAAUAUACGAGGGUGAAAGUUCUUAUCCAACUAUAAAUGAUAAGUUAAAGAAUGGAACAGAUAAUUUUGGAUAAUACAGGCUGAAUCUUGGCUAACAAACAAUUAAUUAAUAUACUACUGUAAAACUCUUUCUUUAGUGUCAUUAAAUGCCCUGUUAAUAAUUUGUUCACUGAAAGGAAAAUGACCUAUUUGUUCCCUUUUCUUUCGUUAUAUUCGUGACAGUUGGUAUUACCAAUUUAUGGAGAUAUGCCUUCUAACACUGCAGUAUGAACAAUUACAAGUUAAAUAAAUGUGUCUAAGCUUAUUCACUGAUGGUCUCCCCUAGGUACAUGUAUUGGACUGACUGGGGAGAGACACCAAAGAUUGAGAAGGCUGGGAUGGAUGGCAAUGAGGAGACCCGGGCCAUCAUCAUCAGUGAAAACAUUCAUUGGCCAAAUGGACUUACUAUUGAUUAUGGUGCAUCAAAGUUGUAUUGGGCAGAUGCCAAAUUAAACCACAUUCACAGGUGAGAUUUUUAGCAUGUGAUGUAAAAUGUAAAUACAAAUUGUAUUUGUAUUACAAUUUAAAAUAGUACCAAGUGACAUUGUCAAUUAUUCUCAAAGACGCAUGGGUUGUAGAUUUUACUGAAGUGUUUGACACCCCAUGUACAGGUGGAUUCAUUGAGUGUGUAUACAUAUCGAAAUCGACUAUGGCGGCAUUAAUCAAUCGGAUAUGCUAAUUGUGAAAUUGGCUGUAGGGGCGCAGAUGGCUGAUGAGACCGAUUCUGGCACAAAAUUUUCUUGUACAGGGGAUUGAUGGGACAUCUCCCGUUGCAGAGUUAACUCAGGCUUUAUUUUGAGUUUACAUACAGUGGCAAUAAAAUAAACUAUAUGUUUCCUUUAUAUAUUUUUAGCAAAGUUGAAAAUACUAGCAAAAUAAAUUUUUUUUAUUGUAACAUUUUGUAACAUUUAUACUAUUUAUGUUAAUAUAAUCCAAACUAGAUUUUUCUCUUGCCAUAUUAUAUUAAUUAUAAAAUUGCAUUAUUCUAUUUCUUAGCUGUGAUUUUGAUGGCAAAAACAGACGUGUUGUUGUGGAAGGCUCUUUACCCCAUCCAUUUGCCUUGACCAUGUAUGAAGGCUACUUAUUCUGGACAGACUGGCAUACCCGAUCCAUCCAUGGAUGUAACAAGCUGACGGGGAUUAACUGUACCGUUGUUCUGGACAAGCUGUACGUUCCAAUGGACAUUCAUGCAUUUAUGAGCAGCAGACAACCAAAAGGUAAGUAACUAUUUUUACAUUUUUUUUUACCUUAGUUGAGUUUUUAUUAGACAGUCAUGUAAUCAGUUUUAUUGUUUGGUUACAAAUGGAUUUUUAUAACAAAAUACAGUUUUUUUAAAAAUACUGCGUCUCAUCAAUCAUUUAUAUGGAAGAAUAUCACAUUUAAGAAAGUGACACCAUAUUAAUGUACUUGCAAUAUCUCAGAACAAUUAUAGUUGUGAAUGUCUGAAUGUACCAUAGUAAAGUUAAACUAUCUUUGAUGGACACAAUAAAGAGACCAGAGAAAGUAAUUAAAACUCAGUGUGCAAUGGCUGGCCCAUGUUUAAAAAAAAUGUGAAACUGGAUAUUUUUUUAAAAGGAGAAAGGGUAUUGCAACAUUAGGGAUGAUUCUAUAUGGUUGCUGGAUAUUUUAUUUAAAGAAGAAAGGGAUUUGCAGAAGUAGGGAUAGCAUGGGCAAUUUUUGUAGGUUAAUACCUAAUAUUUGGACUGUAACCUCUCUUAUCUCUCACUUCAUGUAAUCUAAAAUUUUUAAUAAACAACAUUUUUAAUAACUAAUGUAACAUCAAAACAUAUUCAGAAAUUAUUCUUUUGUAUUAAAAAGUUAAUUUAUUAUUUAACUUAUAAAUGUUUUAAUUACUUUAAUUGAUGACAUGAAGGGAUCUUUGAAGCGGAAACUGAGACUUUUUAAAAACACUUCCACAAUACUGUUAUUCCAAUAGAAAUAAUGAAGAAAAUUUUUGUAUAUGGUUUAAAUUAAAUGAGGGUGAGCUCAAGGUUUUAUUUAUCCUUCAUUACCUGUAAUGUGUGGUUAAAGAUAAUUUACAGCUGAUAAUUUACAGCAGUGUUUCUCAAACUAAUUGGUACUUUGAUAGUGAUGAUGAUGCUUUUAUCAUAUAAUUUUUUGUUAGACUAAUAAAGUGAAUUUAGUAUGUGAGGACUGAUAGUACCACUAAUGAAACUUUAAAAAAAAAUAAAUAUAUGAUAAGGUGAUUUGGUGUUGUGACCUGACCUGAAAGAUUUGAGAAACAUUGAUUUAAAUAAUUUAUUUAAUAUACAAUAAUUUUAUGUGGGUAAAAAAUUAUUUUCCUUUAAAAUGUACCUUCCUUUUUGUUUUUGUUUUGCCGCCUGGACCUGCAGACCUGAAAAAUAUUGGAGGUAAAGAAUGGUUUCAUGAUGUUUGCUCAGAUUAUACCAUUUGAAUGGUUUUCUACUUUUCUUUCUACCUCACAUUACCUGUUGUUAUAACCCUACAUAGCAAUCAUAUAAAAACCUUGAUACCACUAUCUUCUAAAAGUUUAUGAAAGCAAAUCAUAUUUUAAAAAGUUUACUGGUUUACUAACUGAAUUGCUAUUGCUAGUUGAGAUUUAGUUGCGUAGACACAGCCAAUGUUAGGUCUCUUGUAAGGGGCUUUCAUGAAUGUUAUGUCUUCUAUCAAUAACUUGGCAUGAAUAGCCCUUUUUUAUUUACAUGAGGAAAAAUCUGAAGACAAAAAUGCCAACAAAUGUAUUUAUGAAACUUUGAUAGGAAAGUUGCCAAUAUCCAGUCUGGCUUUGCCUUAAUUAAAGUUAAACAAAUACAUAUAUUAAAAAAGACAAAGUAGUGAUAUCUGGCUACUUGGGUCACAUCCUUCUAGGGCCCUGUCCUCAAAAAGAUGUUGGUUUUGAUAAAGAGGUUAAUUGAAAUGUCAUUCUCUCGUAGGAAAAGAAGCAUUUAAACAUUAAGCAUUUUAAAAAAAAGGAAGUUAUUAGUCUAAAUGAUAAAUUUCGAACAGCAAACUUUUUACAAUUAGAACACUGAUUGUUUAUCUUCCUUGUAGAUUGUUUUAAUUUAUCCGAUGACACAUUUAUUUAAACAUGUCAAAUUUUUCUUAUUGAAUAACUGUCAUUUUAUUUGAUAUAAUGAGAGAAAUAUUGCUUGGCAUAAAAAUAAAGUGACUUCACCAGAGCCUAAAAACUGCCUAUGAAACUAACUUUCAAGUUGUCAUAAUUAUAUGAAACAACUAUAUUCGAUAUGCUUUCUUAAAUAAAAAAACGUAUAAAGUUUCCUGUAUAAGUUUUUUUGUUGUUGUUUUUUUUAUCUAUCAUGGUGCAGCUUUCCUCUUUAAAAUGAGGUUGAACCUUAAAAAAGGCUGAGAACCUGUGAUCUACUAUAAAUAUAACAACACCAACAAAAAGAACCACUUAUUAUGGAUACUGUACAUUAAAAAUCCAAUUUCUUGAAUGUUAUUGCAUUAACAUGCUGAAGUUAUAUUCUUUUUAAUGCAUAUUUAGAAGUUUGUUAGAGUAACAAUAGUUUUGCUUUUGUGUGUGUGAAGUAGAGAGAUUAAUUCAUCUCAAUUAAAAAAAAUAUUUAAAAUCAAUAUAAAAUGACUGGUAAUAAUUCUUAUAUGAAACAUUAAAAAAAACCGCACAACUACCUGCUUGCAUGUUUCAUCAGGCAUGGAAGCAGCUUAAGCUAACACAUAAUGUGAAUCACAAUUGAUUCUAUAGUAAAUAUUUUAAUUUAUCAAUUUGUUUAUUGUUUGUUUAAAUUUAAAAAAAAAAAAAUGAAAUAACAUUAAAUUAAAAUAAGUGGUUUCAACUAAAAAUCUAGUCAUCAGUUUUGUCUUUACUUUGUCCCUUGUAACUUGCUUUGAAUCCAGUCAACUUUGUCCUUCAUGAUUUAAAGUUACUUAUACAUCUGCACCACAUAAAAUUUAGAGAUGUGCGCCCAAAUCAUCUAUUCAAUUUGUGUUUCGCAAUGCAUUGUGAAAUAACGAUGCCAAUUUUUUUUGCUACACUUUCAGGUCGCAAUAUGUGUGGCUCCAACAAUGGAGGAUGUUCCCAUCUGUGCCUGAUGUCCCCACUCUCACCUUAUUUCAAGUGUGCAUGUCCAACUGGCGUUAGCCUCUUGGCAGACAAUAGAAGAUGUGCUCAGGGUCAGUAAUUCUGCUGUUAAAUAUCAUAAUUCAUCUUUAAAUAAUUUUUUUUUUUUUUUUUUUUUUCUUUUUUUUUUUUUUUUAUUUUUGUUUUUAUAUUUUAUAUUUUUUUUUUAAAUAAUUUUUUUUUUUUUUUUUUUUUCUUUUUUUUUUUUUUUUGGCAACAAGAACUGAGCCGUAGUAGUAGUAAGGCUACUAACUACUGUUUUAGUGUAGACAACAAAUUUUUAAAUUUCAUGCCAGGUUGGCUGCAGAGUUCCGGCUUUGGUAGUAUUACUCAGUUGUUACUCUUCCCCAAGUAUAGUUGAUUUACUUGGCUAAUGAUUCCAUUCCAUCUUGCCAUUUACCCAUAACUGUGGGAGCUGUCCAUGCAAAUGUUGAUGUUUAAAAAAUGUAUUCAUUCGCUCUGGCUUAAAAAAAAGUUAUUGCGCGUAAAUAUUAUUUCUUUUAACUUUAUUAAUUAAAAUUUACUAAAAUUUUAUUAGAUUUUUAUAUGUAAUUUUAAAUAAAAAGCAAUUAAAAAUAUAUUUCUCCUUUCUUAUUGGAUUGAUGUCGUGAAUGUAAAAUUUGAAUAAUUGAAUUUGGUCUCCAGCCGCAGAGAAGAUGUUGUUCUUGGCCAGGCGUCAUGAUAUACGGAAAAUCUCUCUAGACACACCUGAUUACACAGAUGUGAUGCUACCUAUUCAGCACAUACAACACACCAUAGCAUUGGACUAUGACAGCGUUUCAGGGUACAUCUACUGGACAGAUGAUGAGGUCAAGAAGAUACAGAGGGCGCAUUUGGACGGAACAGGUACAUGUUUAUGGAAGUUUUAAUAUGAAUCACACCUAUUUAAAGCAUUUGCAAUAUUCAAUCAGCUUCCAUUCAUAUGAUUAUAAAGGGUUGGACUGCUAUAAAACUUAAUUUUAAUUUAUUUCUAUAUGAUUAAGCAUUAGUAUAAAUCUGUUAAUUUUUAAAAAAUAGAUCAAGAAGUCCUAGUGGAUACAGAAGUAGACCAUCCAGAUGGUAUUGCCAUAGACUGGAUUGCUCAAAAUCUUUACUGGACAGACACAGGCACAGACAGGAUUGAAGUUUCACGUUUGAAUGGAACAUCUCGUAAAGUUGUCAUCUCUGAUAACCUUGAUCAACCUAGGGCCAUCUGCCUGGAUCCUGUAGCUGGGUAAGUUUAAAACACAUCAAUUCACUCAAAUAUCAGCUAAGUGGUACUGGAUCAUUCAAUUCAUGGAUACAUUUGUAGUGAAGUAAUCUUUUAAAUUAUAACUUGAAAUAAUGGACAUUUGAUUAUUCUGAGUCCAUUUAAACUUUUAUUUCUUAGUCUAAAUCAGUUUUAUACAAUCGUUUUUGUUUUUUUCACAAGAAUCUGAUCUCUUAUGUUUGCAGGUACAUGUACUGGACAGACUGGGGGAGGGACCCUGCCAUCGAAAGGGCAUAUCUCGAUGGCACAGAGAGGAAAAAAAUAGUUUCUACUGAUCUAGGCUGGCCUAAUGGUCUUGCUGUUGAUUUGGUCAAGUCCCAACUUUACUGGGGAGAUGCUAAAACAGACCGUAUAGAAGUCUCUGAUUUGGAUGGUAGCAACAGAAGAACAUUGGUCUCUCAAACUUUGCCUCAUAUUUUUGGAUUUACUUUGCUUGGUGAGUGAAUGAGUAAAGACAGGUUCUAUCAUCAUCUGUUACAGGAUGGCAUGUAUACUAUACCUCAUUACGUAGAGGACACUUGCAUAUCUCAGCAAAUAUAGAGAACAUAUAUUUAGAUGCUGGUAUGGACUGCCUUUUAAUAAGUUGUUUUUAAAGCAGUAUAUUCAAGUCACACCAUUUAUAUGUAAUGUUGUCUGCACGCAGGUGAUUACAUUUACUGGACUGACUGGCAGGGCAGAUCAAUAGAGAGGGUGAAUAAAUACACUGGUCAGAAUAGGACGACCAUCAUUGACCAACUGCCUGAUUUAAUGGGUCUAAAAGCUGUUAAUAUCCACAGGCCGAGUGGUGAGUACAGUGCUAUUAGAGAAAAAAGGCUCGCCAUGCUUAGAAAAAUUACAAAUUUUUAUAACCACAGGAAAGAAGGAUACAAAUUUUUUUUAUUAUUUGUAUUUUACAAUAGGUUACUGCUUGCUAUCAUAGUUGUUCCCCUUAUAAUAUGCAAUUUAUAAUAAAUAUAUAUAUUUUUUUAAUAAGUGUACAAUUUUGGUCAUGUUAUUUGAACAAAUUUUCUUCUAAGGCACAAACACAUGCGCAGAAAAUAAUGGCAAUUGUAGCCAUUUAUGUUUGUAUCGGCCUCAACCACUGAGGCAUGUCUGCGCCUGCCCCAUAGGACUGGAACUAAGAGCGGAUGGUCACACCUGCAUUGUCCCGGAGGCAUUCCUGCUCUUCUCCAGCCAGUCUGAUAUCUGCAGGGUCUCGCUCGAGACCAACCAAAACAAUCAAGUUAUCCCCAUCUCAGGUGUCCAGAAACCUACAUCUGUUGACUUUGAUAUUUCUGACAGUCGAAUCUACUGGACUGAUGUUAAGCUACAGGUCAGCACUUCAAUUGAUGACAUGGUUUAGUAUACUUUUAGCUCUGAAGUUCUUAAUGUUAUACUCCACAUUCAAAAUUCAAAUUAUUUAGAAAAUGAUGUGUUUUUUAAUUUAAAAAAACAACAACAUUCACUUGUUUUUUCAUGGUGAAAUAAUUGGGAGCUCUAAAACUAUAAAUUUUGUUCCUCACAAAUGAGUGCAACAAAUCAAUAUGUUUUGUUAAAAAUAUUAUUUCUUAGUUAAUUUUGGCCCAAUAACAAUAUUCAAUCAAAUUUUUUGUAAGUUAUUAAAAACAUAAUGUUGGGCUGAUUCUUUUAUCUCAUCCAGUAAAUCCAGAUGUUAACGAGAUUGUCUGCAUAUUGUUUUGCCAUUUUUUCCCCAGCACAUUAGCCGAGCCUUCAUGAAUGGCAGUUCCUUGCAGCACAUUAUCCAGUUUGGCCUGGAUUAUCCAGAAGGAAUGGCUGUUGAUUGGGUGGCACACAACAUUUACUGGGCUGAUACCCGCAAAAAAAAGAUUGAGGUGGCCAGAUUGGACGGGUCAUCUCGGAAAGUUUUGGUAUGGAGAAAUCUUGAUGGGCCAAGAGCUAUCGCUCUGGAUCCUGCAAAUGGGUAAAUAACUAUUUCACUCUAAAUACCAUUAGUUAACAGCCACUUUACAUUGUUAUUCUGAGCUAUAACAUUUGCACAGUUGACCACAGCUUAAACUAUUAAAUUUUCACUUCAUCUAGGUUUUAAUAUUCACCUGUUAUGUUCAGUUUUACUUUGAAUUUAUAAAUUAAGUCAUCUGUAAAAAAAAUGUUUUGCUGAACUUUUUUUUUUUAAAGUUAUUUUCCACCUAUGAAGGGAAAUUACAUAAAAUCUUAAUUUUCAAAGUUCUUGUACCACUGUGACCACUAAUGCCUGUUUAAAUUUACUACAUUUUUAAUGAAAACUGCUGCUUUAUUUGUGUAACAACAUUUAUAAAUAUAAUUCAGAUUAGGAAAUUUUCUAUACCGGUAUUUCUUUAUCUUCUAUAAUUGCUAUAAAUAUUAAUUCCAAUUUCUAUAAUUUUAAUAGCUACAUGUACUGGACAUUUAUGGGAGAGGAGGAGCAAGGACUGGAGAGAGCCCAUCUAAAUGGGACCAAUCGCAAAGUGCUGGUCACUAAGAUAGGGAGAACUCAGGAUUUAACUAUUGAUUACCAGGAACGUCGUCUGUACUGGACAAACCUAGACAACCACAGCAUUGUGUCAUGUGAUAUGAAUGGUAAGUAUUUUUUGUCAAGCCACAGUGGUAACUGCGUCACUGGUUUAAAAAGGUGUUCAUGAAGUUUGAGUUUGAUGUUCCAUAAAAAAGACUAGCUAUAUAAGCACAUUAGCUAAAUCUAGACCGAUCAGUUUAAAAAUCUAUUUGACUUCUUAGCCUUAUAAUCUAUUCAGUAUAAUUGAACACACAAUUUUGUUAUGCUCAAAGAAGGGAUAGCCCUUCUUAACUAGAUUUUAGACAGCAUACUAUGUCUUUUUUAUACUACUGUAUCACUUCUUUGGGUAUUUCCUUACACCUUUUAACUAGACUAUCUUUACUUAAUUAAAUUACUUAAAUGUAUUUUUUAACUAGACUAUCUUUGCUUCAAUGUAUUUUUAACUAGACUAUCUUUACUUAAAUGUAUUUUUUAACUAGACUAUCUUUGCUUAAAUGUAUUUUUAACUAGACUAUCUUUACUUAAAUGUAUUUUUUUAACUAGACUAUCUUUACUUAAAUGUAUUUGUUUGGGUAUAUCUUUUGCUCAUUAUAGCAGCCACAGGUAUUUAAGUUGACCCAACUGAAUUUCUGACUUUCAUGACAAUGUGCAUUCAUAGGAGAUGACAUGAGGGUGAUAGUUCAGUCUGACAUACUGGAGCCUAUGGGGUUGAGCCAGUACCAGGAUUAUGUUUACUGGACAGACAUCAAACAUAAGACAAUUGAAAGGGCCAACAAGAUAAAUGGGUUGAACAGGACACUGAUACAGAAAGACAUAGAAUUGGGGAUGGAUAUAUUGGUGUUUCACAGCUCUAGACAGCCAGGUAAGUCUAAAGAUUUAAUGUUUACUCAAUAUUGAAAACUUUAAAUGAAUUCUGUAAGGUAGAACACUUGUUUGAAUAAAACUAAAAAAAAAUAUUUUUUUUAAAAAAUAAAUAUAUUGAUGAAUUAUUUCCAUUGUUAAAAUUAUUAUUUUAAUUAUAUUAUACUUAAUAAGAAAAAAAUCUUAAAACAUGGUUUUUGUUUGCUAUAUUUGAAAAGUCAUAUGUAUGCAUAUAUUUCAGGUACAAAUGCCUGUGGUCGUAACAAUGGAGGUUGUUCACACCUGUGUAUGGCUCAUCCAGCCAAUACAUCCAACACAACACACCACUGUGCAUGCCCGACACAUUACACACUAAAUGAUGAUAGUCUCACCUGCUCAGGUAUUUUGACAAUUUUUUUUAACAACCUUUGUAGUGCCUUGAUAAGCUACUGGGUUUUUUAUUUAAAAAUUUACAUAAUAUGAUAGUAAUAAAAUAAUUAUAUUUCUACAUAUAUAGUCUAAUCUGUCAUGGUCAUAGCCUAACAUAUUUUUUUAAUUACUUGUAAAAUCUAAGUCAUUUAUUUGACAUUAGUUUAUUUCAACUUUAAACAAACAUUUUUUUUUAAUCUUUAAGAAAUUAUCAAAUAUGUGAUACAUUCAUUUAGUUAAAUGAUUAUGUAAAUGUGAAAUCUACCAAAUAAUAUAUUGCCCUUUUCAUGAAUGUGUGAUUGUAAAAUAUUCCUUUCACUUCCUUCCAAUUAAUGUUGAGCAGCCCCAAAACAGUACCUGCUGUUGUCAACCCGCAAUACGACCAUUCGUCUGGUAAUUGAUGUAGACAAUGCGGGGGAUUAUCCUGAAGUUGUUUUACCCAUCAAUGGCAUGAAGAACAUCAAAGCUAUCGACUAUGACCCUGUGGGAGAAUUCUUCUACUGGAUCGAGGGCAAACAAAAGAUCAAGAGGGCUCAUGAUAAUGGAACAAUGGUAGAUUUUAAUUCUUGUCAUUGCUGAUUAAAACAUAACUUAUGUUAUUGUGUAAACUUAUUCUACAGAGUUGUUAGAAUCGUUAUUUUUAUUUUGUGCCGUGAAAUGAGGGGACUUUGCCUAUAGUUUGCCUUUGUGAAUAAAUUUCAACAUGUUAAUUGAUCUAAAAACUAACACAAAUGCGCUAAUGUACAGUGUGGGUAUCUACACUUUGUUGUUAUAGUUGAAUGAAGUCAUAGUUUUAUCAGGUUGAGUUGAUUAAUAAGGUUUUUGGAGAUUUUUCAACCAAACGAAAAAUGGGGUGUCUUUUCCUUUGAAAUGAAAGACAGCGUAAUACAUGUAGAAUAAAUAGAAACAAAUAAAUAAUUUGCCUCUCUAUAUUUACUGUUUGAUCAUAAUAUUUUAUUGUAACGAAAGGUGGGGGGGGGGGGGGGGGGGGGGGGAAUAAUAUCACCAGUUCAUAUAAAAAAUAAUGAUCUAAUCUUUUCUUUCGAGGCAAACCUUCAUCAUAUUUUUUGGCCUUUACACCAUCUAAUGAUACUAUCAUAGCUUCAAUUUAUCUUUAAGUAAUUAUUUUUUGGCCCCCAGCCUUGGUCUUUAUGUGUUCCAUUGUUCAAAUACACAUCUCCUUAAAAAAAUGAAUGAUAUAUUUGAUAUUGAAAAGUUCUUAGAGUAAUCUAUCUUGUAUCAUUUCUCAACAGAUAAGCACAGUUGUGAAUGAUGUAGACAAUUCCUUCCAGCCAUUUGACAUAGCCAUAGAUCCUUAUGGGCGUAUGUUGUACUGGACAUCCGCUGCUAGCAAUGUCAUCAAUGUAACACGGCUUGAUGCUUUCAAUUCUCCCAUAGGUGUCAUUAUGUCUGCAGCCACUAACUUUAAACCCAGAUCCAUUGUUCUAUAUCCUGAGAAAGGGUUAGUAACAACAUUAUUUUAAAAAGUUAUAUUAAAAUAUAACCAUCCAUGAUAAAGAAUUACAUUGAUAUGUUUCAGGAUUUUAUUUUUUAUGUUGAGAUAUAAGUACAAGUUAGAGAGGUAAAUUGUUUCAAAUGGACAUAAUUGAAACUACCAGAAUUUGUCUGUUCUACCCUGGCUCAUACUUGUAUAACUAAGGCACCAUUUUUUAUACUUCAUAGUUUAACCAGCUCAUUACAUAACAAACACAAAUUAUCACUUAGAACUGUAUUCUGCAGAAAAAUGUUUUUCACAAAUAUGGUGAGUUCCCCGAGGAUCGAGAUGGCACUGAUGGAUGGAUCUGAAAGGACGACUUUGUUCCGAAAUAAUUUGGCUCAACCUCAGUCUCUGACGAUAGACCCCAAGGAGAAGAACCUUUAUUGGGCGGAUCCCUCACUCAGUCGUAUAGAGUCCUCGGAUAUUAUGGGAGGAAACAGAAGAGUACUGGUUGAUGGGCAGGUUAGUAGACAAAAGAAAAAUUGGUGCUUUUGGUAUCAAGGUAGAAACUGGUCAAGGAGUGAGAAUCAUACUGGUCAUGAAGUGAGAAUCAUAUUUUAAUUGACAUGUAAUUAACUUUUCCCCCCUUCAAAUUUAGCUAUUUUCUGUGGAAUGUGUUUUUUCAUUUUAUGUUGUUGAAGUCUUGAUGUCUCUAUGGUAACUGACAUUGUAUAAUAACAAGGGCUAUGAAGUGUAGCAAUCUGACCUUUGGCCGAAGAUUACCUUUGACGUGACGCACUUUGUCUAGAGGUCGGUCCCCUGCGUACUAGCCACAGAACAAUUUUUCAAUAGAACCCCUUUCUUUCUAGCUCCUACAGAGCUGACUCUUGCUCCAAGCAUCAACAAACAAUUCAGAGAUUCAGGUUUUCUUAUUUAUUGGCUAUGUGUGCCUAACAAUGGAAAAUUUAUUAGAAAUAAGCUCUGGUGUUCAGAAUAAAAAAAACUCCACAUACUAUACAAAACAGUUAAAGUUACACAAGUCCUCUUCCAUCCGUAGAAAAACUCACUGCCUUCACAAGACAAAAAUCAUACACCAUAUCCACAGCACUCGCCACUGUUCACUCCUUAAAAACUCAUCUCACACACGUUGUUCCUCCCGACACAGCACACCGGUCAUACCUUGACCGAGAAAAAUAAAAACUCGUGGGGCACACGGGGAAAAUAAACUCACCCACUAUUGGUCAAAUUAACAUUAUAAAAGUUGACACAGAAAAACUCACGCGAUCUGACCGUGACAAGACUCACAUUUUUAAUACCGGUAUGAAAAAAGGCAAAUCUUUUUUAAUAAGUUGGUUAAAAAUACUUUCCUUUGAUUUAAGGAUACCUAUUACUUACCUUAAUUUUUUUUGUGUAAAUGGACUUUUAAAAAAAAAUGUAAUAAAAAUAUAUUUUCAGGUUGGGGGUCCAAGAGGACUGGCAGUUUUUGGUAAAUUUCUGUACUGGCUUGCCAAGGAGCAGAACUUUGUUGAGAGGAUUCACAAAAAGACCGGAAACAAACGCUUGUGGGUGCGAGGUCGAAUCCCUGGGCUCAGUGAUCUCAUUGCAGUGGAGCACAGUAUCUCUGCUGGAUGGCACCCUUGCUUCAAGAACAACAGUGGAUGUUCCCAUAUUUGUUUCAGUGUUGAGGAUAAGAAAGCCAGAUGUUCCUGUCCAGUGCACCUGAUGCUGAAGCCUGACAAGCAGACCUGUGCUGAACCCCCAACAUGUGCAUCAGAUCACUUCAAAUGUCACAGUGGGGGUGUUCAGUGUAUUCCUUUGGUGUGGAAGUGUGAUUAUUCCUCUGAAUGCGAGGACAACUCGGAUGAGGAGAACUGUGAUGUCUGCACAGCUGAACAAUUUAAGUGUGCCAAUGGAGAAUGUGUGGAUAAGAAGCUGAAAUGUGAUGGCAGAAAGAAUUGUGCAGAUGGUUCAGAUGAGGAGGGGUGUUGUCAAGGGGACAAGUGUGAAUGUGCAGAUUGUGUUGGACAACCUGAAUGCACAGAGCAGUGUCUCCAGAAACCAACUCAAGAAAAAAGUAGCAAGACUCCUAAAGAUUACACAAUAGCCAUUGUGGUCGUGGUGGUCUUUUUAUUAGUUGUCAUAGGCCUAAUCCUCGUGUGCCGUCACAAAUCAAGUAGCUCAGCUUCUGUGGAUGAAGAUAUUGGCAUGGUGAAGAAACCAUUGAAUCCACAUAUUCCAUUCACUCAGGAGAGUUCUAGCCCACACAACACUUUAAGCAGGGGCAAGUCUCAGGCAACAGGAAUAUCAAUGGGUUCAGGUUCAGGUCCACCAUUUUAUGACAGGAAUCAUGUGACUGGGGCUUCAUCCAGCAGUUCAACUGUCACUCAAUACCCACAAGAGACUUUAAAUCCACCCCCUUCACCAGUGACUGACAGGUCAGUUUAUACUGCACCCAUUGGUGAUCACAAUGUGUCGCUUAACAGCCUGUCCUCAACCGUGCAGCGCUCCGGUGUGGGCAACGGAGGAGGGAGCCGGCGGCGCAUGCAUCACAGGCGACAUCAUCAUCAUCACCAUCAUCACAUUCCACCACCCCCAACAACACCAUGCUCCACGGAUGUCUGUGAGGACAGCGAGCCAUAUCAUCAAACAGUGCCGCUCCACACAUCCACCCCGUCAAACAAUAAGUACAGCGGUCGCUCUUCUCGAUCACGAUCCUCUAGAUCUAAUGCCAAAAAAUUUAAAUACUAUAUAAAUAACUCAGCAGUGGAGUUAAACUAUGACUCUGACCCUUAUCCACCUCCUCCUACUCCAAGAAGUCACUAUUAUUCUGAUGUCAGCUGCCCACCAUCACCGUCAACAGAGCGGAGUUAUUUUAACCCAUAUCCUCCACCCCCAUCACCUGUGGCUACCUCAGACUGCUGAUAUAUAUAUAAAUAUAUAUAGUAUGAAGUGGAUAUAAUCCUAGCUUGUUCACACAGCCUAACACUUAUACCUCAGGGGUGUAUUUUUGUUUCUUUGUGUGUGCAGACUUUUGUCCAGAAUUUUGUUUGUUCCAAGUGACCUAAAAUUGGGGUUGCUUCUGUGUAAUUAACUCAAGCUUUAAUUUUCAUUGUUGGUUUUUCAUUUUGUUUUAUUUAUAAUAAGUGUGAGGUGAAAAGUAAAAUUUUAAUGUUAGAUUUAUAUAUACAAAAUGGCACAGGGGUUUGAAUGUUGCUGGAAGGUAAAUCCAAAUGUGAAUGAAUAAAGUGAUCUUGAGACAUGAAUGCAUCAAUUCCUCUUGCAGGGUUAAAUGAGACAAUCCAAGUAUUGAUCCGGUGGUGUGUGGAGGGGCAGAAAAUGUACAUUGAAUGAAAAAUGGCAUUUUGUUUUUUAAAAACAAAACUUUUAUUGUAGAGUGAGUGCUUUGGACAAUGAACAACUUUAUUUUGUGUAUGUGUUUCAUUCUGUGGUGGAUUAAGAGCAAUGGGAGGAGGCAUAAAAACAUUUCCCCCUUAUAAUUUUUUAGAACAAAUAAUCUUUUUUUUUUUUAAAUGGGAAAUCCCUCUCUAUUGUUUGAAUCCACCACUCUCUGAUUGUUAUAUUAUCUAAUUUAUUGGCAUUGGACUAAUCUUAUCUUCAAAAGUGGAGGCUUAAUGGAGUUUGUAAACUAUCCAUAAAUCCAAGGUACGUGGUAUAUAAUCUCUAAUAAUUAUGUUUUUGGUUUACAUUAAUAAAUAUAAUGUAAUGUUACAAUAAAAAUAUUAAUUCUGAAUUACCCUAUUUGCUGGCAUAUCGGACAUACUCAAAAUACACCUCAAAUAUGGGAAUGAGUCUUAAUAUGAGUUGAAAUUUUGUGUGGUCAACAAAAGGUCUUAUAUGCCGCUGCAUUUUAUAAGCCGCAGCGUCCAAUAUGCCAGCUAACAUGUUAUGUUUCUAAAGAGGAAGGGGAGAUACAUUUUUUAAACAACUUUGAAUCUAUUUAGUUAAUGAAAUUCAACAAACUUUAAAGUAUUUAUGUGCAAAACAGAAAGGAUGAUCAAGCAAAAUUUCAUAAUGAUUUUCAAUUUCCUGCUUUCUCUGAGCUUAUCACGAUUAAAAAAAAAGAAAUCCUUGUCUAAAUUUAAAUGUAGUCAUUUUAACUAAAUCAUCAGAGUUACCAUAGAGCAUUAAACACAAAGAAGAUAUAGUAUAGCCAAACUUCAUCAAACUGGAGUAUGCCGAAAUCUUUAUCUAUUAUUUGUUAAAUUAUGUAGUUGUGACAUCAUGUGACUUAAACAAGUGUAUUAUAUGUAUAGUUGAUGAAUUUGUUACUGUGGUAAUAUUAUUCCUAUGGAAUAAUUGACGUGUUGUUUUGCUUUUCACUUAAGGUAACAGGUGAAGGCGCAAUCAUUAUUGAAAAAUUCAUUUCAUAUCAAUUUAAAAUCAAUUUUGUAUCCAUAAAGGGCAACCUCAAACUAAAGACACAUCAUGCCUGAAUUACUUUUAUGUACCAGACAUUAAAUUUGUAUCUUUUUCUUGUGACUGAAUUAAACUUGUUUGAGGUAAUGGAACAUUUCAUUAUCACAUUUAUACACAACAUUGUUUUAUCUUCAACAUGUUAAUUAUAAUUUGUGUUAACACAAAUCUGAAACUUUCAGUGAUUGUUAAUAAAGGAAUUCAAGCUUCAUAUUUCCUAAUGUUUCAAGAUGCCAGAUUUCUCUCAGCUCCUAGAUUGAUUGAUAAGCAUUUUAUGACAGAUAGGUUUUUCCUAAAGAUACUGAAAAAGAUAGCCUCCAGACACCUUCACAAGUUCUUCAUUCUUUUCUCCCUAUCUAGUUGAUAUGAAUGCACAACCAUUUCAUUUUCUCUUGAUCCAUAUGAAUCAAACUUGAUAUGAAUUUAAUUUUUUUUUUUUAAUUGUCUCUGUAUUGUCAACAGAUUAUACAAAGUGAACUUAACUUGUUUAGAUAAAGACCUUAAGCACUUACCUUUCAGAUUUUAAUAUAGAUGCCUACUUACAUAGAUGAUUCCCAUUUGCCAAGAGACUGUAUUUUGUGUGUAGAAUUAAAAAAGCUAUAUUUUUAAUCAUGUAUUGAUACUUAUACUUAUAACUCAUCACUAUCUAAAGUGAUCCUAGUUAUAUCUAAAUUCAAGAUUGUGAGAG